CCUAUGUGUUUGCAUCUCCUCUUUUCCUCUUCAUUUGUUCCGCCAUGGAUUCCCUCACUUGUUCCGCCUCCGACCUCCUCCCCCUCCUCUCCUCUUCUUCCUCCUCCAAUGCGACCGCCCUCGCCACCUUCCUCUGUGGCCGCUUCUCCACUAUCUCCAACCAACUCUCCGACGCCACUCACGCCAUUGACAACACGUACCUCCUCUUCUCCGCCUACCUAGUCUUCGCCAUGCAACUCGGCUUCGCCAUGCUUUGCGCAGGCUCGGUCCGAGCUAAGAACACCAUGAACAUCAUGUUGACCAACGUCCUCGACGCCGCAGCCGGUGCUCUCUCGUAUUACCUCUUCGGUUUCGCCUUGGCCUUCGGUGCACCAUCCAAUGGUUUCAUCGGACGUCACUUCUUUGGUCUUAAAGCCUUCCCUUCACCUUCAGCUGAUUAUAGUUUUUUCCUUUAUCAAUGGGCUUUCGCUAUAGCUGCUGCUGGGAUUACUAGUGGGUCCAUAGCCGAAAGAACCCAAUUCGUGGCCUACCUUAUUUACUCUUCCUUUUUAACAGGCUUUGUUUACCCUGUUGUUUCACAUUGGUUUUGGUCCGCAGAUGGGUGGGCCAGCCCAAUCAAACCCGAUAACCUUUUACUCGGUUCGGGCGUCAUUGACUUUGCCGGUUCGGGUGUGGUUCACAUGGUCGGUGGUAUUGCCGGAUUAUGGGGCGCGUUGAUCGAAGGCCCAAGAAUCGGUCGAUUCGAUCGGGCAGGUCGGUCCGUGGCAUUACGUGGCCACAGUGCCUCGUUAGUAGUCCUCGGGACGUUUCUUUUGUGGUUCGGGUGGUACGGGUUUAACCCGGGUUCAUUUUUAACCAUCAUGAAAGGAUACGAUAAUAACGGAGGCUAUUACGGGCAAUGGAGUGCGAUAGGGAGGACAGCUGUCACGACGACAUUGGCCGGGUGCACAGCUGCUCUGACAACCUUGUUCAGCAAGAGGUUAUUGGUUGGCCAUUGGAAUGUAAUUGAUGUUUGCAAUGGUUUAUUAGGAGGCUUUGCUGCAAUCACCUCAGGGUGUUCAGUAGUAGAACCAUGGGCUGCAGUCAUAUGUGGGUUUGUAGCAGCAUGGGUUCUAAUCGGAUUCAACAUCGUCGCAUCCAAAUUCAAGUACGAUGACCCGCUCGAGGCAGCCCAAUUACACGGAGGGUGCGGCGCAUGGGGUUUACUCUUCACCGGAUUGUUCGCCACGAAGGCGUACGUCAACGAGGUUUACCCGGGGCAGUCGAGGAGGCCGUAUGGGCUGUUCAUGGGUGGUGGAGGGAAGCUAUUAGGGGCACAAAUCAUCCAAAUAUUGGCGAUAAUAGGGUGGGUUACGGCCACAAUGGGACCACUCUUUUAUGGGCUGCAUAAGAUGAAAUUGUUGAGGAUUUCUAGUCACGAUGAGACCGCAGGGAUGGACAUGACUAGGCAUGGAGGAUUUGCUUAUGCGUACCAUGAUGAAGAUGAUCUUUCAAUGAGGCCCGGGAUGAUGAUGACCAAAAUUGAACCUAGAGCUACAAGUCCCUCAUCGGAGGGACAAAGGUCACCCUCAAAUGUAUGAUCCAAGUUUUUGCUUUGUCCAUGUAAUUGUAAACUUUCAUAUGUUUUGUAAUGUAAGUCGAAGAGUCUCGUUAAUUAGUUGAGUAAUUAAA